CACACCGUGCGCCAACCUCCUGGGCUUAGGAAUCUGCCCUGCAGAAUUCCUACAGAUCUAGACUGGAGUGCCCAUAACCCCUGCUCUGCUGUGGGACCGGGUAGAGAAGGAAUGCAUGAAGCUGGAGGUAGCUGAACUCUGUGGUGAGGACUUUGGCUAAGGCACCUGGGUUCAAAUUCUGACUCCUCUACGUACUGGCGUGACUUCAGGGCCUGAUCAUCCUGGACAAUGCUGCUUGCUCUGUGCACCUAUUUCCUCUGGCUGUCUACCAGUGACCUCUUGACUGUCCAGGCGAAGGACCCAGACACUGACGUGAGCACAAGUAGCUCUCACCGGGACUUGGCUCCAAAGAAUGUUGACUUUGCCUUUAACCUGUAUAGGCAUCUAGUGGCUUCAUCUCCUGACAAGAAUGUUUUUAUCUCCCCUGUGAGCAUCUCCAUGGCCUUAGCUAUGCUGUCUCUGGGUGCCUGUGGCUAUACCCGGGUCCAGCUUCUCCAGGGCUUGGGCUUCAACCUCACCAAGAUGUCUGAAGCUGAGAUCCACCAGGGCUUUCGGCACCUCCGCCACCUCCUCGAGAAGUCAGACACCAUGUUGGAAAUGACUAUGGGUAAUGCCUUGUUCCUUGACCGCAGCCUGGAGCUCCUGGAGCCAUUCUCUGCAGACACCAAGCACUACUAUGAUUUGGAGGCCUGGGCUACAGAUUUCCAGGAUGGGACUGGAGCCAGCAGACAAAUCAAUGAGUACAUCAAAAAUAAGACACAAGGGAAAAUUGUAGACUUGUUAUCGAAGCUGGAUAGUUCAGCCAUGGUCAUCCUGGUCAACUACAUCUUCUUCAAAGGCACCUGGGAACACCCCUUUGACCCGGAAAGCACCAGGGAGGAGGACUUCUACGUGAACGAGACCACCGUGGUGAGAGUGCCCAUGAUGUUCCAGUCGAGCACCAUCAAGCACCUUAACGACCAGGUGCUCCCCUGCCAGCUGGUCCAGCUGGAGUAUAUGGGCAACGGGACCGUCUUCUUCAUCCUCCCAGAGGAGGGGAAGAUGGACACAGUCAUCGCCGCGCUGAGCAGGGACACCAUUCAGAGGUGGUCUGAGUCCUUUACCAGGAGCCAGGUAAACCUGUACAUCCCAAAGGUGUCCCUCUCUGGAGCCUACGACCUCAGGGCCAUCCUGAGGGACAUGGGCAUUGCAGACUUGCUGGACAAUGGGGCAGAUUUCUCCGGCAUGACCCGAGAGGCCCAGCCGAAGUUGUCAAAGGUGGUCCAUAAGGCUGUGCUGCAACUCCACGAGAAGGGCUUGGAGGCAGCUGGCCCCGCCGGGGUCAUGCCAAACGUGAAGUCUGAGCCUCUCGCCUUCCACUUCAACCGGCCCUUCAUUGUCAUGAUCUUCGACCACUUCACAUGGAGCAGCCUUUUCCUGGGAAAGGUUGUGAAUCCGACCUAAGGGUGCACCCCCCACCCCGGGAAGCCGCAGCCCCAGCCGAGCCUGUGCACCAGGGACCCCACAGAAAUGCUCUGAGGAGCAGCAGUGCCCCCCCCCCCGCCCCCGCACCGUCUUCUCCAGGUUCUUCUGUCCAAAUAAAUAACCAUCACUGCAACCGCUGGCAGGUGCGGAUGGAGUGGGGCAGUUGGCAAACUCGGAAUGAUAGAAAUGCGAUAUCGCAAGGGGAUAGAAUUUCCUGGUCUUGAUCCUUGUGCUGUGGGUGUGUAAUGUGUGGAAGCCGGGUGAAGGGUGUAACAGAAACACAAUUGCUUUUGUAAAUUUUUGCGAAGUCUGAGAUUAUUCUUUAAUAUUUUAAUUAAUUAAAUCUUUUAAUUAAAA